AUGCACCAACAAUCCGGCAUGCUUACUUCUCUCACGGGCACCCCUAAUAUCACCCUAACCAGGAACCCCGCGUCUAAGAUCAGGGCCAGGCAGUCACCGGUGAUCAGACUGCCGAUGACCCGCCGCCAUCGGUUGCCUAAAUCUGUUUCCCUCUUCCCCAACACCUGCAUCGAUCACAGCAACCAGCCCUGUCAACUCCGCUACUUCUCGCACCCCUCCCCCGGCCGAUGUGAUGAAAUUUUGACAUCUCGUCAUAUACUACGAUCACCACCACCACCACCACCACCACCCCCGCCUUCGGCGAUGCGUACUCGAUCCCAACCUGUCCUCACUGCAAACGACACCUUCACCUCGCACAUCUGCCUGGUUGUCAUUUUCCUAAUCCAUCGCCCAGAGGUUGGCGAAUCAGUGCUCAUAUAG